CCUUCUGAUAAGAUGUCACAUGCAGCUUGGGUAUUACGUGUCAUCCUUCUUUCAAGAUACACACAUAUGAUUAGGGACAGAAAGUAUCAUCUACGUACUUACAAGAGAUGCAUGGUAGGAUCAGAAAUGGUAAGAUUACUCUGCAGUUCAAAUCUACUAAAUUUGUCAUUUUUUACUAUAAUCUGAAUCUUUAACGAUUUCAUUUCAUUCCUGGUCAGGUAUUAAAUAAACAUUUCUUUAAAAUGUUUAUUUGUUAAAAAGAAAAUUUUUGGUUUGUUGAAAUGUUUUCCAACAAAAAUCUCUCCAUCAGAAUGUAUACUUAUUAUUUUAAUCUUCUGACACUCACCCUUGUGACUGUGACAGCGUGGCUUCAGAGCAUGAAAAGGAGAAGAGUAAUGACCCAUGUUCUUGUUUUAUGAUACUUAACUACUAUUUCUUAUUUUAUGCAAAAUGGUUCUAAUUUUUUUCUUAACUUAACACGCUAUUUCUUAAAUAAUUUUCAAAUGCUUGUUUUUAGGGUGAUAAUAAAUAUUUUAUGUAAUGUAUCAUCUCACAUAAAAGGAAAUGCCUUACAAUUUUGACAUGUUUCAGGUUGACUGGAUAAUGGAUGUAUUUCCUCGUGUAGACUCCAGGGAACUCGCUGUCGGAAUGUUUCAGGCUCUUCUUGAAGAUGGAGUUCUCUUACAUGGUAUUUUGCAGUCUGAAAAAGAGGAUUAGUACACUGAUUUUUAACUUCUGAAUGGUUGUAAAAAAGCAAGCAAAUUACAGAAUUAGCUUGCCUGCAAUCAAAUUCCAUUAUGUGGAGAGAGAAAUUUUUACAAGCAAAUCUUCUCUUAUAAGUAAGCUGUCCCAUUUUUAAAGGAAAGAACUCUCAACCAUAUACAUGUUCCUUACUACUUUACAAAACCAUUAAAUUAUGUAAUCAGAAGGUCAGUUGGGGAGGGGAGGUUCAAGAGUGGAAUGGUGAGGGGGCUGUAAUAUCUACUGAGAUCAGAGAAGCCGGUAAAUCACCAUGAUGCAAAAGGUGUAGUAGUAAAAAAAAAAGAAAAUUGCUCUCUUUUAUAUAAUUAUUAUUAUUUUAUUUUUUUUAAAAUUCAGUAGAACACUUUCACAAGCCCUCUUUGAAUCUUAACUUGGUUAUCAUGUGUCUGCACUUUUAUCAAACAACAAAUUAUUUCCUCACUGAAAUUUUCAAUACACCUCAUUUUUAAAAAAUCAUCUUAAACUACAUUCUCUGGUGCAUUGCUUUACUUAAGUCAUACAUUUUACGUCCUUGCAUUUAUCCAUUAAGUGUCACCAAUGUCCCACAUGAAGGUAAGCUGCGUUUUUUUUUUUCAGUAUGCAAGCAGCACCCCUUUCUUGACAAGUAUCUCUUCUACCGUUUCCUGGAGGACGAAGAAGGUCCUGGGUGUACAGCUAGUGAGGAGGAUGUUGAGGGGGCUGAAGAUGAACUCCUCGACGUGCUCACUGUGUUAGCUCAAGUCAGCCCUGAUGCUACCAUGAGAAUGAUACUUCGUAAACUGUAAGUUAAAUCUAGUGCUGCAAUUAGAUUUCAGAUUUGAGUUACCAUAUAAUCGACCCACUUGAGACAGAGCCUUUUUGGAUUAUCGGUGCCGAGAAUACAGAGCCCUUUUUCACAAGCUCUGCAAUUACUUUGCAAAAAAAAUUUAUAAAAAAAUAAGCUAAUUACUUUACAAAUAUAAAAGAAUAUAUAUUAUUGUAAGGAAUCAUGUAAACUAAUACGUUCUUUAUGAAUGAAACUGAAAUCUCAGUAUUGAUGCAUAUGAGAUAUUCUGAUUUGCAUAAUUUAUGCAUGUAAUUUUUAUUGCAAUUAGAAUAAACAUGUCUUACUUGAGGGAAUUGUGUUAAAUUUUAUGAAUGUUGAAGCCUAAAUUAGAACUAAUCCAUAAUAUAUGAAUGAGAUUCGGUGUGAAAAACUUCAUAAAAUAUUCUCUUGGAGCUGCUUAAGGUUUUUGUAAUAUUUUCCGGUUAUAUAGUAUUUUUUGGGGUCACUAGAUACAAACAAAAUUGAUAUAAAAUGACAGAACACUGUAAACCAGGGGUGGACAAACUUUUUGUGCAAAGGGCCACAUUGACAAAUUUAAUGUAAAGCUAUUGGGGGGCCGCAUUUAUAUUAUGUCCAAUUUUUACAUUUUGAUAAAUAUUUCUCUAUAUUAAAAUCGGUUAAUUCACAUUUUUGCCCACCCCUGCUAUAAACUAUCAGUGGAAGCUGCCAUUUAAAUGGUGAGAUGAGCAUGAAAUGUGAGAAGCAAUCUGAUAAUAUGGUACAAAGACCCGCCAGACAAUCUCAAGGUUUUUUAUUGGUCGCUCGACCUUUCGUCUUUUUCGCUCUAUAACACUCUGGACCAACAGAUCCGCCUAGCACUCUCAAGAGGGUCAACCACAUAUACUUUGUCCUGAAGGAAUAAUUCUGUAUUUAUUUAUAAUUUUCCUUCACACCUGACACCAGUCAUAAUUUGAUUUCUGAUAUAUUGAUUUUUGAUAAAUUUAUCAUUUUGGUCAAAUAGUUGCCUGGCAUUCUUAUGAGACAGGUUUUUUUCUUAAAUUAAUCAUUACAUGUAACCUGCCUCAUAAUUGAAAUUAACCUCCAGACCAGAUGAAAGAACUCAGGAUGAGAUUGAGGUAAUAUACGAUGAGCUUCUCCAAAUAAAACCUCUGCAACACUUGUCCUACACUGUCAAGAGAGAGCUGGCUGGGUGCAUCAUGUUUGAGGCACAUUCCAAGUCAGGGGCAGUUUGUAUGUAACUUGUCUACAUGAGGACUUAUUUCUUAAUGGUUUUUUUUAAGGAUUAAAUUUAAUUGAUUUUGUUGCAGGGAGUAAUUAUUUCAUUAACAUUCAUAAGAUAUUUUUACAUGGGAGUUAUGAUUAAUUUAAGAGGGCAGUAAUUCUGAUAUGCUUCACAACAAAAACUUCGACACUUAUAUAGACCAACUUGUAAUUUUUAUUUUUUUUUAAAACAACUCUUUUAUAAAGUUCACUUCUUUCUACUUCUUUACAUUAUUUUGAAAAGGUUUUAAAUUUGCUUAGCAUUCUUAAAAAAAAGUUUCUCUCAAGUAACUUUAUUUAUUUUGACAAAUUUAUCUUUUUUAAAAUAAGUUUAUAAAUGCUUCAUUUUUAUUAUAAUUUUUUUUCUUUAAGACUUAUUUUCAAACUUUUUUUUUUUUAUUUCAGUGUUCAAUCAAGGUGAUGAAGGUAGAUCCUGGUACAUCAUCCUGAAAGGUUCUGUGAAUGUGUCCAUCUAUGGGAAAGUAGGUGCUUCAGUUUUCAGGACCCACAACUUAUGAACAGUAUGGGAAAUAUUUAAUUCCUCCUUUUAUAGAAAUUUUAUUAUAUAGCUUUUACACAAAUAAAUUAAAAAUAAAAUUCAAUUAUUUUCCAUUCAGGGAGUUGUUUGUGUGCUUGGAGAAGCAGAUGACUUUGGAAAGUUGGCUCUGAUGAAUGAUGCACCCAGGUAUUAUCAAAAUCGGGAAUUUUUUUAAUUUUUUUAGUUGCAGAAUGUUUAAAUGGGGCUUUUAAUUUUUUUCAAGAUUGAUUCAGCAUUGCAUUGAAAUAUUUAAAAUGAGUAAAUGUUUAAAGACACAAGCUUCUUUAUGUUAUCCGGUAUGUUUUGGUUGAUUAAAUGUGAGUGUCAAUAUUCUUUUUACCACAGGGCAGCAACCAUUGCUCUUGCUGAGGAUAAUUGCCAUUUUCUUCGUGUUGAUAAAGAUGAUUUUAAUAGGAUUCUAAGGGUAAACUCAUAAUUUUUUCCAAAGAAUAAAUAAAAUAUAUUUUGUUUUUGACUUCUAACAGGAGGCCCAUUAAUUACUGUCUACAAAAAAGUAUCUUUUAGAUCAUAAGUAUAUUGCUACUCCAUGGUUUUUCAUUUUAUUUGUAUCAAAUUUUAACAGCUUUGAAAUCCUGGAAACUAUUUAAUGAGAUUGCCAGGCUGCAAUUUUUAGUUUAUCUUUGCACACAGUGUUGUGUCUUUUAAGUUACAUUUAAUUUAUCGCAUUCUAUAUGGGAAGGUCUGAUUAGGAACAGAUAGAAAUUUCAAUUUUGUCAGGUGCUAAUGGUCUCCUUUUCUUGUAUCUGUGCUUUCCCCAUGAACACUGUCAUUUUUCUGUUAGAUCACUUUCAACAGUGUAGCCAUUUUUCUCUUUGGACCUAGAUCACUUUCCACUGAGUAUACAUUGUUCUGUAAGGAUUAACCAAGAUCACUUUCAACAGUGUAGACAUAUUCCUAUUAGGAUUAACCAAGAUUCCUUUCCACUGUGUUUGUAGCUUCUUAUCACUGAAAAUAGUGAAACCAUGCCAAUCAUGUUUUUAUAUCAAUGCUUCAUCUCUGCCACCAGCCAUGAUAAUGAUCUACAGGUUAGCAAUUUAACAAGUUUAUUUGGGUUUUUUUUUUUACAAUCUUGCAGGAUGUGGAAGCCAACACUGUUAGGCUUAAAGAACACGGGCAAGAUGUUCUGGUUCUAGAAAAAAUACCAGUGUCUGUGGACAUGAAUGGAUCUUUUCACUCAGAGCACAAGUUAGUUGAACACUUUCUCCAACCACAGAUUUAUUUAAUAAUGAACUCUGUACCUUUAACCAACUUUUCACAAUGGUGUUAUUUUGUGAACUUGAAAAUAUAAAAAAAGUUAAGUUAACGUAGACCCAAUUUUUUUUUUGCUACUCAACUUAUCAUUCUUUGUCUUCUACAAUUUAAUGUAGUGUAAUAUGCCACUUGAAUCAUUGAAGAGGAAGAGAAGUUUUCUAAAUUAAUUUGCAUUAUUUUGUAAAAAAAACAAAAUUUCAACAAUUUUAAUUUUUCUUAAGCACAAUGACAUAUUUCAGUUAUUGCGUUUUAAUAAAUAUAUUCCAAUAAGAAGGAUUGUAUUUAUUUCUUUGUAAAUUUUCUAUACAAUCAUUUACUUCCAGAUACUCAGUGAUGGCUGGGACACCUGAAAAGGUUUUGGAAUAUCUGUUAGAGACCCGCAUGGAGCAGAAGAAAGAGCAGCAAGUUCAGGGUAAGCAUAAAAUAUAUAUAGGUAUAUACAUCUUCUAAUUUUUAAACCUGAUAAUGGGCUGUGCUUUGUUGGUGGCAUGAUAAAAAACUGUAUUUCCCAAAUUUUUAAGUUUGGUGGACCAGUGGACAGGUUUAAAAAAUGAACCAUGAACUGGUGCCAGAUUUAUUUAUACACUUUCUUUAUUUGACUAUAAAUAUUCAUGUUGUGCGGCCUCUGUUGAAGAGUACCGGUAUGUAGUGUCUGUUAAGCCCACUUUGAAAUAUUCAAUUAAUUUCUUACAUUCUUUUUUUCCCCUCAGAUGUCUUCCUGGAAGAUUUUCUUCUCACCCAUUCCAUCUUCUUCCCUGAUAACAAACUGUGCUCAGCUGUUGUAAACCAGUAUCCUUAAAAGUUGAGAAUAGUCUUUUGCUGAUCAAAUGAAAAUUGAAUUCAGUGAGGGCAUUUUCACUUGCAGUUUUUUUUUGUCAAAUCAAUUUCCAAUAGAAAUAAAAGGUAAAAAUGUAUGAUAUAUUACAGCACAUUUGUGAUGUGUAGCAUGAUUUAUUUUUUUUUUGCCAAGAUUGCCUAGCUUAUCUGAUUCAGCACAUUGUCUUGCUAAUUGUUCUCUGAGCUUUGUCUGUAUCUAUUCUGGAGUAAUUUGGGGUGGGGGAGGGGGGCCGAGCAGGACUGGCUGGGACUUAUUUUGAACUGGUAGAAGCAUUGGCUGUAGAAAACCAAAUCUAAAUGAUCACUAAUUAAGUUAUUGUCUUCACUAAAGGAGUUCACUGAUGGCUAAUUUCUAUGUCAAAGAAAUACUUUAGAUGCCCUGUGUUUUAAUACAACAUUUUACAAUUACAGCAAUUUAUAUUUAAAAAAGUAUUUUUUUAUGUGCUAAAAAGGAAUAUGUACAAUGCAAUAAAAAAAACAUUUCCAUUUAUUUGGAUUGGUAAAGAAUCUUAUCUUAUCUUUAUAGGCAUAGUGCACUCAGUAAGGGGUUUUAAUUUUUUACCUGCAAGCAUGUUGACAAAAUUUUUAACCUAGGGCUCUAAAUGCAUUACUGCCAUGAGAACUACAAUGUCUAACAUGUUUCCAAAUGAGGGCUCUUUUCUCCACCAUUAAUGAUAUGAAAAUCCCUAUUAAUAUUUCUGUAGGUAGUUUAAAAGUAAUACAAUAUUAAGCCUGGUCACAUAGUUUGGUCUUUAACCUGCAUGUCAGCUAUAACUCGGACACCAAAGCCGGAGACGGUCAGGACGAUGGAGACUUUGUCCAGUCGCAAAAGAAAUGUGUCAUUCAUUUCGUUCUAGCCUGGCAUGAAUUGGACAGUGAAAAAUUUACCAACUCCACUGUUGUUGGUAGCUUCCUAGAGGUGGGCACUUUUAACUAACUUCAUAUUUCUAGUCUCCUAGUGGUAGGCACAUUUUUAAAAAUUAACUUUGUUUUGUUUUAAACUGCUUUCAAGUCAUGUGAAUAAAAUUGUAAGGACAUGGUAUGCAAAAGCUGGAAUAACGACAAAAGACAACGAAAAGGAUGUUUCGGCUGAAAGCCUUCAUCAGUAAACUAAAUUAAAACAGUAGAGAAUAAAAUCACAACUUAGCUUAGUAGAAGUGGAUUGGAAUUAUUAGCCUCCUAGAGGUAAGCUUUUUUUUUUUACUUUCUUUGUAUUGGUAGCUUCCUAGGGGUAGGCAAAUUCAUUUUAACUACUUUUUGCUGUUAGCUUUCUAGAUGUAGGUAAUUUUUAUGGUACCAGUUUUAUGAAUGUAAUGUCAAAGUUUUUGUUGUGAAAUAUAAUUACCAUUUGGUUUAAUUGGUACUUUUAUUUUCCCAGUGUUUGACCAAGUCAGUGGGUCAAGACUGCAUCACACAUCCAGGUCUUAUAUCUGAUCACGAGGCUCUAUUGGCCAUUUCAAGUAUAAGAAAAAGGUAAACAAUAGAUACAAGCAGCCUGAAUGAACUGUCCCAUGCAUGCAAUAACUCACAUUCACUCACACUAAGCCUAUACUAUACACGGAAGGAUCUUUUUAGUUAAGAUAUUAAAAUCCAGUAGAUAUUUCCGUUGUUCCUUGACAGGCUGUGAAGCAAUAUAAGUGCAAAUUUUAUAAUUUUUUUAAAUUGCAUCUCUUGUCAUUAAAAAUUUUCAUUUUUUAAAUUCUUUGAGGAUAAGUAUAAGUUUUCAUGUUUGGCUUAUAAAAUAAUUAAUUAUCAAUAAUGUUUAAAUUUCUUUACUUCAGCUCUGUGAGUGGAAAGUCUGGCAAAAAGAAAUCGCUUUUUUUGAGCAGGAAAGGUCAAGCCAAAUCAGCUCUGCCAGAUGGGGACAUAGAGAAGAAAGGGGCCAUCAAACCUACAGAUGAGUGUAAGUGUAAGUAAAUACUUAUAAAAAGAAAUCAGGGAAGACAACUGUUAUCUGGCUGUGGAAACUUAUAUAUUAUGAUAUGGGAGACAACUGUGACCAAGGUUGAAAAUGGGAAAUACAAAGCACAAGGUAUGUCUUAGCCUGCAAUGAGAAAAUACCAGACAUUAUAUAUCACAUACAAGCCUUAUUUAAUCUGAAGAAAAGAGACAAAUGAAAAUGUAUGUGCAAAAUAAUAUAUAGAAACUUAACUAAUGGGUUAUUUUUCUUCAUAAGUUUCUUUAUAUAUUGCUUUAACAUUUUUGCUUGUAUCUUUUUGUUAAUUGAAUAAGGCUUGCAGUUGAUAACUGUGGUCAUUGUAUAUUGUGCUGACUACACCUGCACAACUAUUCACCAAUAACUGUCACAUUUUGACAGACAUAUUCAAGGUGUAUUGUGCUGACCACACCUAUACAACUAUUCGCCUACCGAUCAACUCAACUGUUGGGGACAUUGUACUGAGUGCACGGGACAAACUUUGCUUAGGACAUGAUCCAGUACUCUGUGAAGUCAAGUCAAAUGGAGGUGAGCUUUGACUUGAGAACUUGGUCUUCUUCUCUGCUGCAACUCUUUGUUGCAUGUGCUACCAUUAACUAUUUCUUGCAAACUUGAUGGGUGGUCUGACUUUAAUUGGUGUAUAUAAAUAAUAUAAUGCCUCCUAUUCACUCAGUGCAUUUCUGGAAUCUUCUAACUUUGAAUGUUCCCCCAUCAAAGUGCUGUAAAAGAAAAUCAAAAUUUAACCCACCAUGUUUUGAACAGUUAACUCUAAUGAUUUAAAUACCUCCCCCGCCCCCCAAAAAAAAUUACAUAAAGCGUAUUUUCUUCUUCUAUAUUUUGAGGGCCCACUAUCAAUGUUUUUGAAAGUGCUCGGAAUAUUUAAAUACAAUAAAGAACAUAAGAAAGUAGUCAUAAUUAAUUUUCCUAUGCAACCAUAGCUGCUGUCCUGUUGACACUUCAUAUUCCGCCUUGUUGUUUAUUCCCACCCGCAAACCACAGAGCGUGUUUUAUUCAGAGAGAAAGACAGAUGUAUUAUGAUGUCUCUCAGUCUGAAUGGCAGGCUAUUUAUAGCUCCAAGAGAACAUUUGGAUGCACUGGUAAGACUUAAAUGAUUGAUUAUAAUGUCAUGGAUCAGCAAUCAGCAUGAAUUUUUGCUUAGCAAAAAAAAAUUAAAAAUCAUGCCAAUUGCUCACCCAUAUAUAUAAAUAAGGUCUUGGGUGACCUAUGAUAUUGUAAGUACCUAAUGAAAUGUGUGAGUAACCAGGACCGAUUUUUGUUUAGCUAGACAUAGGUGAGGAAUCAGCAUGGAUUUUCGCUUAGCUAGACCCAUCAUUUGAAACCACCUAUUAUCUUAUUUUCAAUACAAAUUUAAUAUUGACCAUAUCCCUCAAUGAUGUUUGUUUGACCCGCAGACCCCAGUUCCAGAACAAGAGGGACCUAACUCCAGCACAAUGCAUGUCAUUGAAGUCAUGAGUACUAAAGAACUAGCCACUCAAAUAACCCACUAUGACUGGGAGCUGUUUAUGGCUGUUCAUGAGGUCAGUUCCAAAUUUUACUCUGAUGCCAGCAGUUUUCAAUCAUUCGUGCCAUGAUGUGCUGGUGUGUUGCCAAAGUUCAUAGGUGUACUGCAAGUCUUUUAUAUAAAUGACUAAAAAAAGAAGAAAGGAUGCUAAUUACCAUCAGAUUGUUUUGAUAGCAAUUUUGAAAGAGUCCCGUCAUUUCUUUCCAAUUUGAGGGUUUUAUCUUAGCAUUUUUAUUAUUUUCUUGUUUAAAAUCAUUUAUUAAAGCAAGAAAUGCUGAACAAGGUCUUCGGCCCUACAGUCUUUCAGGAAGGAGUAGCAGCUAAUUUGGAACAGUUCCUUCGACGAUUUGAUCAGGUAAAAAUUUCACAAGCAUCUAUCAUUAGGGAACUUUUAAAAAUGCCAUUUUUACCUAUUAACUUAACCAGUGCAUCAUAUUUGUUUUUAACUGUCCUAUGCAAGUUGUCCUAUCUUAAUUCUUAUGUUACACUGCUUAGGCAGAUGGGAAGGUCCCCACACAAGUAGUUUACGCAGGCUUGGGCAGGUUUGGGUGGGUUAAUUUAAGCUCUUGUUGACGGGAUCAAUCCUGAGAUGGGUAUUCUUGGUGAUAGAGAUGUAGUGAGACUCGAGUUAGUUUUCCAGAGAGAGUGCACUCUGUUUAGUUUACAGGAAGGUGAAGCUGAAAGCUACCUAAGCUAACUUGCAAAUUUUUUUUUUUUAAAUUUCAAACCACCUUCUGUUACAGCUGCAGUACUGGGUGGUGACAGAAAUGGUUCUGUUGAACAAUGUAGGGAAAAGAGUGCAACUGCUGCGAAAGUUCAUCAAGCUUGCUCAACAGUAAGAUUCUCUUAGUGUCACAUCAGCUAUUUAAAAUUACUCUCUACGUCUAAAGGAAAUAAAUGCAAAUUUAUGCAAAGUUUCAAGAAAGAACAUUGUUUGAUCAGGAAGGAUUUAAUUUAUAAAUAUAAAUUAAUCAAUUUUUUUGGUGUUAAUUUCAGUUGUAAGGAGCUGAACAAUUUCCACGCCUUUUUUGCCAUCACAAUGGGCUUAGGUCACCUGGCAGUGAGCCGCCUUUCACAGACAUGGGAGGUAAGAGUCAUCUUUCAUAAACACAGGAGAUAAAAUGUAUUUCACAAAUAUGGGAGGUAAGCUUUCUUUCAAAAACAUGGGAAGUACCUGGUAAGUAGUUUCAUAAUUGUACCUGUAGUGAAAACUAAAUUUAAUACGGUACCCGGUAAUCGUUUUGGUUUGGAAAUUAAAAUUUUUGCCAAAAAAAUACCAGAUUAGGUUACUGGCUGAAUAGCACUAUUGGUAAGUCAGAAAUAAUGCUUAAUCUCUCCAACCCUGAAUUUUAUCCAACAAAUUGAUAGUCACAUAUCUCAGUUUGUAAACCAUUUGCAGCAUCUUCAAAGCUUGUGCCCCCCUUAUUUUGGUUGUUAUUUCCAAGUUUAUUUUUUUUGUGGCUUAGAUGGAGUCCAGGGUUUAUUGGAUUUAGCUAGUUACUGCUGUUGGGCUUAACUUCAAAUUAAUUGAUUAAAAAGCAAUUUAAUAAAAUUAUAAAAUUGUGCACAAAAAAUGUCAUUGUUACUGUUAAAUGGUAAUAAAGGGGAGCAACUUCAAUCAGGUAAGGUGCUGGAAAAAGAGACACAACAAAAGGAUGGCACGUUCAUUCUUUUGUUUCAUCCUUUUUUCUAGUUUUUCCCCAUACUUUGUUUAAUUCUUUUCCAUUGUUAUUGUUACGGUAUAUUUUAUUUUUCCUAAUUAUGAUCUACAUAGAAUGUACUUUUUUUGGUUUCUGUUACGUUAUCCUAGAAACUUCCUGGAAAAGUAAAGAAGAUGUUUUCAGAGUUUGAAACUGUGAUGGAGCCAGUGAGAAAUCAUCGUUCCUACAGAUUGGCAGUCAGCAAACUGACUAGUCCAAUUAUACCAUUCAUGCCACUUCUUAUCAAAGGUUUGUAGCAAAGCUUUGGUUAUUUCAUUAAAGCAAAAUAUUGUAAAAGGUUUCCUCAGAGCUCUCAGCCACAAUAGUUCCUAGAAGUUUUAAAUUCUAAAGUGGUACUGAGCACUCCAAGCCCCUUCGUUUAAUAUCACAUCACAAAAACUAGCUAGUGACGGGGAUGAAAUGGUUGCCUAAGAGACUCGCUCUCAACUUUGGUUACAAUUUCAUCAUCGAUAAAACCUUUGUUAUCUACUAUCCUUUAGCAGCAGCUGUAAUCAUGUGCCCUAAAACCAGCUCCUGACAUCAUCUUUUGCUAGUUUUUUUGCCAGAUUACACAUGUGGUGAUCCAGAUUUAGGCAGGUUUCCUAGGUCAACUCCUAUACCACCUCAGCCACAGGCUGCCAUCAUGGGCUAACUGUAACCGGAGCAGGGGGAACUACUAAAUUGUUCAGCCUUUAGUUUCUCAUUGUUUUCUCUAUUUUCAAUGAAGUUUCUAACUCAUCUUCAUAUUUACUUUGUCUCUAGACAUGACUUUCACAAACGAAGGGAACAAAACUUACUAUGAUAACAUGGUGAACUUUGAAAAAAUGGUUAGUAUUGAUAGAAGAUUAACUUUUUUUACAUUUAAAAAAAAUGUAAUAUAUUUAAAAAUAUUUUGAGCUGAAUAGAAUAGUGGGCUCUUCAAACAAGAAUGUGAAAUUAAUUCGAUUAAAGCAUUAAGUCUUAAUAAGCAAAUUUUUAGUUCCUUUAAUGGUUUUUUUUGGUGUUUUUUUUGUUUAUAUUAAAGUUACACGAAAGCAAGUCUUGUUUCUUGCACACUUCCACCCUUGAUUUUGGCAUAAUUUUUUUUUGUUUUAAAAAUAAUUCAAUGACAAUUGCAACCAAUGGAAAAACACAACACUAUGAAUCAUAUAAUCAAUACACAUUACAUAAUGAAAACUAGGACCCAUCAAAAAAUAUUGUGUACUGUUGUUGUGCCUUGGAGAGAUCAAAAGUUUGGACUUCUCUGAAUACUCUGACCUAAGCUUAAAUGACAAAACGUAGUUGCGGUACUUGCAAUUUUUUUUCUGAAGGAUUAACAGUUCUCAAGCAAUCUAGUUAUUUAUCCGCAAUCUGGGUAUAUAUAUGUAUCAUAUAAAAUUAGAUAAGAUAACAUUCAUUUAAUUGUUCCCUUUACAAAACUACAAGAGUAGAUUUGAUUUCUUUGUCUGAAUUAAAUUUGGAUUCCUGCAUUCCAAGCUGUCCACUUAUAAUGUAAAAUACAGUGGGAGAAUUCAUUUGAUGACAGAGAUUUUAUUUUAUCUGUUUCUUUUCUCUCAUGCAGCAUAUGAUUGCUCAAACUUUGCGAACAGUCAGAUUUUGUCGCCGUAAUCACUUGGGUGAGUUACUUCAUAUAAUAAUAUGGCAUAAAAUUAAUUUUAAAAUUUGGCUGUAAAACUGGGAAGUCUUAACACAAUUAUUUGUCUCUGGCAAAGCAGCCCCAAUUGAAAUUGACUAAUGGGACAUUAUUGCAUUGAGUCUUUAUGUUCAUGGGCUUCAUUGCCCAUGAUUUAAUGUUCUAAUAGGAUUAAGUUAAUAUUUUCUGAGCCCUGGCCUGUCAACUUUUUUUUUUUUUGAUAUGAUAAAUGAAAUGAAAAUUUCAGAACCAGAAUCACCAGAGACAAUGAAAG